CCACGGCUCCCAGCUUUCAUUCAAGCCAUCACAUCACCUCAACCGGGGUGUGGAUGCCGACCCUAUCGCGGCGCUCAACAAUGGUACCGAACAUGUGGUGUCCACAAAUGUUCGGAAAAUCCCUGGCGAUCAUCGCUCACACGACCCACGAAGAAGGCGCUAACAACCAGCGCUGUCAUCUUGUACUGGAGUCACGCUCCCCUCAACUAGGAUAGAGCCAAUGACGUCAAUUGAAUGACGUAGUCUGAAGCAACCCCCACGAGGAAAUGGCGCCAGAGGAGGGGGUCCACAGACAGGAGGAGCGGGUGUGGUCCGCCGUGAAACAAUUCCGUGCCUCGUCGGCCUCGGUCCCAGACCGCGAUACGCCGACGAAGGUGUACAUCGAUCGGAAUGGAUCCUCGGUCUGGCCUGGAGAAGCCGGGGAACCCUCAGCAGGCCGCGCUCGGUGACUUGAGGUCGCUGUUGGGUGCUGUCGUGCGGAACCUCGCGGGGACGCCCAUGGCAUCGCAGUUGACCAUCCAGCUGUGGCGGAGGCCAAACGUCGCGCCCUACAGAAAGGUGGCCCCUUCGACCUUUUCCCUCUACCUUCACCGUCCCAGACGGACCGAGAGCUGUUUUAAAAAGGAGCGGAACAGUGCCACUUGACCUCCGCCAUUCUUCGCGGUAUCAAUCACGAAGAUGGGCGUGAGGCAGGCACUCCCUAUCUCACGGAUGGAGACGGC